UUUUCUGAGGAGAUAGUACUAAAUGAGAGAAAUCCCUUCCAGUUCUCAGAACUACAUCCAAGUGCCUUUGCAUAGAAAAGAAGUAGCUUCUUUUCUAAUGAGAAAUAGCUCCUGUAGUAUCCUGAAACCAGGGUGGGUUCAACUUCUCUAAAAUGAAGAAAUGUUAAAUCAAGCCACAUGACGGGGCCUGGAGGGGGAAAUGAUUUUGUGCAAAACGACAAAUUUAAAUUCUGCUUUUGCUGUUAAAAUUAAAGCUUUAAGGGGAAGAAGUAAAGGAAAAGCAAAGGCAAGAGGAAACAGUUUCUCAGAGGGCUGGGUUCUUCAGGUUUUCGAUUCCCUUUGGCCCUGCUGGUUUUAACUUCAUUCUCAUAUUUAGAUAUAUUAAGGAAACAGAAUGAAAAGUCUCGAACACUGAUACUAGCCAGGAAGCAUGAUUUGUUGAAAUAUGAGGAUAAGGUGAAAGAUACUAGAUUCCACGGUUGGCAAAAGCUGUUCGCCAUUCAGGGACAAUCCGCCGUCUGGGCCUCGGUGCCGCCAGCCAUGUUUUCACUCAAUCUUGAGAUCCUGGGUUGUGACUUCCCCCUCGCCACCAUGGGUACAGCUGAGCACUCUUUCCUAUGGUAGUCCUGAGAGCUCCAGAACACACCAGGAGAAAAGGCAGCUAACAGAGUUCUUCCAAAGCAGGCAUUCAUUUUGCUUCCUGCCACCUACUCAGAAGCUCAGCAGAAGAGCUCGGCGCCGUUCGCGGACAGACACCAUGGACAGCGCUUCAGGCGCCGCCUGGUUGGCCCGCGUGCUGACUCCCCGGAACCCUCCCCCACGUCCGUCAGGCCCGACAGGGGCGGCUGGGGGUGGUCCUAACACCCAUCUUGGGUGCGUACCAAUACUCAGCUCCCAGAGCUGUUCCCCAGAGUCCCUGGCGUCCCGGGGGAGGGUUGGGUGGCUCUGAAGAGCCCACGCGAGGGGCCCAGGGAGGCCGGAUCCUCCCUCUCCCGGCAUCCCCAGCGGUGGGACCUGCAGCUGCAGCCUGGGGACUCGCCACCCGAAGCGAAGGUCGCUGCGCGUGGUGGCGGCGGGCAGUCCCCACCUGCACCUGGCUCACAGGGCGGCCCGGAGUGGGCGGGGCCUGCGCCUGGCGCCCCGCCCUUUCCCCCGCGAAGGGCGGAUCUUCCGCCCCCGCCCGCAGCGCAAUGCGGAAGAGAUGGGCCUGUUGGAGCGGAAGUGACGCUUCCGGCGGCUGUGGCGGCAGCGGCUGCGGGAGAAGGAGGAGGAGGAGCCGGAGGAAGAGGGCUGCCUCUGAAGAAAGGAGAAUGGCGUUCAGCAAAGGAUUUCGGAUCUAUCACAAAUUGGAUCCCCCACCUUUCAGUCUCAUAGUGGAAACUAGGCAUAAGGAAGAAUGUCUCAUGUUCGAGUCUGGGGCUGUAGCCGUGCUCUCAUCUGCAGAAAAAGAGGCAAUCAAGGGUACAUACUCCAAAGUCCUGGAUGCGUAUGGACUCUUAGGUGUCUUACGAUUAAAUCUUGGUGAUACCAUGUUACAUUAUCUGGUCCUAGUCACUGGAUGUAUGUCUGUUGGGAAAAUUCAAGAAUCUGAAGUUUUCCGAGUUACUUCUACUGAGUUUAUAUCCCUACGCGUUGAUUCUUCAGAUGAGGAUCGCAUUUCAGAAGUGCGAAAAGUUUUGAAUUCAGGAAACUUUUAUUUUGCAUGGUCCGCAUCUGGGGUCAGCUUAGAUCUGAGUCUUAACGCGCAUCGCAGCGUGCAGGAACACACGACUGAUAAUAGAUUCUUCUGGAAUCAGUCUUUGCACUUGCAUCUCAAGCACUAUGGCGUGAACUGUGACGACUGGUUAUUACGCCUCAUGUGUGGGGGAGUAGAAAUCAGAACAAUUUAUGCUGCUCAUAAACAGGCCAAGGCUUGCCUCAUUUCCAGACUAAGCUGUGAACGAGCUGGGACCAGAUUUAAUGUCCGGGGAACAAACGAUGAUGGUCACGUCGCUAACUUUGUAGAAACAGAACAGGUGGUAUACUUAGAUGACUCUGUUUCUUCCUUCAUACAAAUUCGGGGGUCUGUUCCAUUGUUCUGGGAGCAACCAGGGUUGCAGGUGGGAUCUCAUCGUGUCCGUAUGUCGAGGGGAUUUGAAGCCAAUGCACCUGCUUUUGACAGGCAUUUUCGAACACUUAAGAAUUUAUAUGGUAAACAAAUAAUAAUAAAUUUACUUGGAUCUAAGGAAGGUGAACAUAUGCUAAGUAAGGCUUUCCAGAGUCAUUUGAAAGCUUCUGAACAUGCUACUGAUAUCCAGAUGGUGAAUUUUGACUAUCAUCAAAUGGUUAAAGGAGGAAAGGCAGAAAAAUUACAUAGUGUUCUUAAACCUCAAGUCCAAAAGUUUCUAGAUUAUGGAUUUUUUUAUUUUGAUGGAAGUGAAGUUCAAAGAUGCCAGAGUGGUACAGUUCGAACAAACUGCUUGGAUUGUCUUGAUAGAACCAACAGUGUGCAGGCAUUCCUUGGCUUAGAGAUGCUCGCUAAACAGUUGGAAGCUCUUGGCUUGGCUGAAAAGCCUCAGUUAGUGACUCGCUUUCAAGAAGUUUUUCGAUCAAUGUGGUCUGUGAAUGGUGAUUCAAUCAGUAAGAUAUAUGCCGGAACUGGGGCUCUGGAAGGAAAGGCUAAGUUAAAAGAUGGCGCUCGUUCUGUUACUAGAACGAUUCAAAAUAACUUCUUUGACAGCUCCAAGCAAGAGGCCAUUGACAUUUUGCUCCUGGGAAAUACUCUAAAUAGUGAUUUAGCUGACAAAGCUCGAGCACUUUUAACAACUGGAAGUUUGCGAGUUUCUGAACAGACAUUACAGUCAGCCUCUUCUAAAGUACUAAAGAACAUGUGUGAGAAUUUCUACAAGUAUUCAAAGCCCAAGAAAAUCCGAGUAUGUGUUGGAACCUGGAAUGUGAACGGUGGGAAACAGUUUCGCAGUAUAGCUUUUAAGAAUCAGACACUCACCGACUGGCUUCUUGAUGCACCCAAGUUAGCUGGCAUCCAGGAGUUUCAAGAUAAAAGAAGUAAGCCAACGGAUAUAUUUGCAAUUGGUUUUGAAGAAAUGGUAGAGUUGAAUGCUGGAAACAUUGUGAACGCAAGCACAACAAAUCAGAAGCUCUGGGCUGUGGAACUUCAGAAGACCGUCUCCAGAGACAACAAGUACGUGCUGCUGGCUUCUGAGCAGCUGGUGGGCGUGUGCCUGUUUGUUUUCAUCAGACCUCAGCAUGCUCCUUUCAUCAGGGAUGUCGCAGUUGAUACUGUGAAGACCGGAAUGGGAGGUGCCACUGGAAAUAAGGGAGCGGUCGCAAUCCGAAUGUUAUUCCACACGACAAGUCUUUGCUUCGUUUGCAGCCACUUUGCUGCGGGACAAUCACAAGUCAAAGAAAGAAAUGAAGACUUUGUAGAAAUAGUACGGAAACUGAGUUUCCCUAUGGGAAGGAUGCUGUUUUCCCAUGACUAUGUAUUUUGGUGUGGUGAUUUCAACUAUCGAAUUGAUCUCCCUAAUGAAGAAGUUAAAGAGCUCAUAAGACAGCAAAAUUGGGAUUCUCUUAUAGCAGGAGAUCAACUUAUCAACCAGAAAAAUGCUGGACAGAUUUUUAGAGGAUUUUUAGAAGGAAAAGUAACCUUUGCUCCGACAUAUAAAUAUGAUUUGUUUUCUGAAGACUAUGACACGAGUGAAAAGUGCCGCACCCCUGCAUGGACAGACCGUGUCCUCUGGAGAAGAAGGAAAUGGCCUUUUGACAGAUCAGCUGAAGAUUUAGAUCUUCUAAAUGCUAGUUUUCAAGAUGGAAGCAAAAUCCUCUACACCUGGACUCCGGGUACUUUGCUGCACUAUGGCAGAGCGGAGCUGAAGACCUCCGACCAUAGGCCUGUCGUUGCCUUGAUUGAUAUAGAUAUAUUUGAAGUUGAAGCUGAAGAGAGACAAAACAUUUAUAAAGAAGUAAUUGCAGUUCAGGGUCCACCAGAUGGUACGGUGUUGGUCUCAAUCAGAAGUUCUGUACCAGAAAAUAAUUUCUUUGAUGAUACUUUGAUCGAUGAGCUUCUGCAGCAGUUUACAAAUUUUGGUGAAGUUAUACUCAUAAGAUUUGUAGAAGAUAAAAUGUGGGUUACAUUUUUGGAGGGAAGUUCUGCCUUGAGUGUUCUAAGCCUAAAUGGUAAAGAGUUAUUGGGUCGGACUAUAACUAUCACUUUAAAAAGUCCAGACUGGAUCAAAACUUUGGAAGAAGAAAUGAGUUUAGAGAAAAUUAGUGUUCCGUUGCCGUCAUCAACAAGCUCUACCCUGCUCGGUGAAGAUGCGGAGGUCGCAGCAGAUUUUGAUAUGGAAGGGGACGUUGAUGACUAUAAUGCUGAAGUAGAGGAAAUUCUUCCUCAGCAUCUCCAGCCAUCUUCAAGUUCUGGCCUCGGCACUUCCCCGAGCUCUUCACCCCGUACGAGUCCCUGCCAGUCACCUACAACUUCAGAGGGUCCUGCCCUCCCCAUAAGACCAAGUCGAGCACCAUCAAGAGUUCCUGGGCACCCAACUUCACAAAGUUCUCCUAGUGACACUCUGCCAGCCACACAGCUACAGCAAAAAGAUUCUUCCCAGAUCCUGGAGCCCAAGCGGCCACCUCCUCCCCGCCCAGUCGCUCCUCCCACACGUCCAGCUCCCCCACAAAGACCACCUCCACCUUCAGGGGCUAGGAGUCCUGCACCUGCUAGAAAAGAAUUUGGAGGUAUUGGAGCCCCUCCCAGUCCUGGGGUAGCUAGGCGAGAGAUGGAAGCACCCAAAAGCCCUGGAACAACACGGAAAGAUAAUAUAGCCCGCAAUCAGCCUUCACCCCAAGCAGGACUCACAGCCCCAGGACCUACUGGAUACAGUGCAGCCAGACCGACCAUUCCGCCCCGCGCUGGCGUGAUCAGCGCUCCGCAGAGCCAUGCUCGGGCAUCUGCUGGAAGACUGACUCCUGAAAGCCAAAGCAAACCAUCAGAAGUACUGAAAGGUUCACCUCUUCUUCCUGAACCCCUGAAGCCUCAGGCUGCCCUGCCUGUGCAGCCUACUCUGCCCCCACCUGUUCAAAAGAUGCAGGAGCCUCUUGUCCCUACUGCAGCGCCUAUGCCUCCGGCUGCCCCUCAGCCAAACUUGGCCCCCCCACAAGCGCCACCUCGGAGCAGGUCGUCCCACAGCUUGCCUUCAGAACCUUCACCGCAGCCGCAAGUGAAAACAAAUGGAGUUUCCGCUGUCAGACUGGAAUCACCAUUAAAGAGUGACCCAUUUGAAGAUCUGUCAUUUAAUCUGCUUGCUGUAUCAAAGGCUCAGUUAUCUGUUCAAGCGUCACCGGUUCUAACCCCAGACCCAAAGGGGUUGAUUCAGUUCCCUUCUGUGACACAAAGUAACAUUAAUACUUUGAGUUCUGUAAGUUGCAUGCCAACAUUGCCUCCCAUUCCAGCCCGGAGUAAAUCCCAGGAAAACAUGCGGUGUUCUCCAAACCCAUUCACUACGAGCUUGACCAGCACAAAUCCUUUCACAGACAGGACUGCCACUCCUGGAAACCCAUUUAGAGCCAAGUCUCAAGAAUCAGAGGCAACUUCCUGGUUCUCCAAAGAAGAGCCUAUUGCUAACAGUCCUUUCCCUUCUCUGAAGCCUCUUGGUCGUACCAAUAGCAAGCCUUCAUUUUCACUUGAUGGCAUUAAGGACAGUUUUGAUCUGCAGGGCCAGUCUACAGUACAGAUUAGCAACCCAAAAGGAUGGGUGACCUUUGAGGAAGAAGAGGACCGUGUGAAAGGGAAGUCCACGUCAGCAUGUCCAGACGUACUGGGUAACCAACCAGGUUCGUCUUCUGGCUCCAGUGUGACCUUUGGUGACGACUGGGAUAAAGGUACAGAGGUUUCUUUCUGUGCGUUGCCCUCAAGAAGACCACCUCCACCUCCUGUUCGUCUGCUCCCACCUGCCACUGAACUUCCAGUUGAUCCUUUCGCAGCUUUGGCGUCUAAGGCAUCACCCAUACUAGACUUCACAGAAAGAUGAUGCUUGACACUAGGAAACAGUUGUUUUUCAGUUUUGGCAGGCCAGAGCCAGACGAAUUGGGCAUUAGUUAUUCAUUAUGUGCAAUAAGUCAUUGUUAAGUGCACUGAUGUCGUCAUGAAAUACCACUAUUUAAUGUGUACAAAGUUGCAAUAUGUGUAUAUUGGAAAUAAGGAAAAGCCCUUUUCAUUAUUAACUGGAGUUUUGAUGUGUUUCUGUUUGGAUAACGAAGAGAGUAGUAGCCAUAAAAAGUGCUCAAAACUACUUUAGAACAUAGUCCUUAUUCAGAAAUUCUUUGUUGUUAGUCUCUAAAGAAUCUCAAAAAGCCCAAACAACUUCUAGCUGACAUUACUGCCAGCCCUCUCGUGCUUGUUGACAAUUGGAAUUUAUAAGUAUUUACCAAAGAGCUGUCAAAGUGAUACUGAAACCGAAUUUUGGAAAGCAUUGCUUUAAAAAGUGUGUGUGUACACACACACAUACACAUGCAUGCAUAUAUAUAUAUAUAUAUAUAUAUAUAUAUACACACACACAUACACACACAUAUUCGUAAAACUUAUUUAAAUUCUAGGAUAUAACUCAGACAAAAUUUUUACCUAAAAGUUCUAACACAUUGCUUUUUUUAAUAUUUCAUUAUCAAAGUGAUGAUUGUAAAUGAAAUUUGGACUUUUCAUUAAUUUUCUUUCCAAAACUAGAAUAAUCCUCACUACAGGACCGGAAUUUUCUGCCAUUCCACACCCCACCCCUUAAAACACACACACAACACACCUUCUAGUUACUCUCCACUCCAGUGCCCCCACAUGCUUUUCUCUGGGAGAAGCUUCUUGCAGCUGGAAGCAGCAUAUUUUGUGGUCACUGUCAUGUAGACGGACACUCCAGCCCUUUCAGAAAAGCUCUAUGGCCUUUUAUAUCAGGAAGACACAUACCAACGAGUCCAGGGAGAAAAGUUGGAGUUGGAUAUACUCUUCUCUGCACAUAAAGGCAUGUGUUGCCUCUUUCCCUCCCUCACAUUUCUCUUUGCUGCUUUUGCUCUGGAACUUCUUUAGCAGGAAAAGCAGUAGUUGUCUGCUUUGAAUUGGGGACCCACUCAGUGUGUGUUCUCUCUCCCUUUAAGGCCACAGAACACAUCUGUGAUGCUGCUUUACGUCCUUAGAGGCUACACCUCAGAUUAGCUGUGGAUUUUGUCUCCUGCACUGCCAAUAUACAGCUGAUCCUGCUCUUAUUAAUUUUAUGAAGUACACAGGAUUUUUACAGAAUGUAGUAUUUUGAUAUCAUUAAGUAAUCCCAAUCAGAAAACUCCUUGAGCAGUUGUGGUUUUGUUGUCAGCUUCAGUUCAAAUCAUCAUUACCCAUUAAGACUUAACAUUAAUGUUCCUUUUAUAUGAAGAGUUGUAUAUGUCCAUCUAAAUUCCAUUGUCCACAUUUAACCUUUAAAGAUGUGCAUUGGGGAAUAUCAGAAAAGAGAGUUCAUGGCUAAGAAAAAGUAAAGUGGAAAAGCACAGCAAACUGCAUUGCACUUAACCACAUAAAGCAAAUCUAUUAGGACAAAAUACUUUUCUAAAUGCUCAAAUGUUAUCAAAAUACUAUAUUUAUAGAAUUAAUCCUCUCUCUGCUAACAGCCAGGAUUUGCUGUUAGAAAUAACUCUUGUGAGUUUUAUAUUAUGCUUUGGGGGGGGGGGUUCUAAUCAUUUCAGCAUUGGUAUAUUUUAAACAGCAGUAUUACUAUAAGCAGUGUGCUUCAAAAUGUGAAUUAACUUGUUGAAACUGUGGCUUUAACAUCUGUGUGAUUAGUGUAUUUGGUAUUUGCUCUCUAUUAGCAAAAUAAUUCAUUAUAAACUUCACUAGUACAGAUUGCAGUUCUGUUUCCUAUUGAAUAUAACCUACUGUCUAAAAUAUACAUAUCAUGCAGCAGCUCAGCCUUUAUCAGGAGAAUUAUAUUUGGCAAGUUGCUGAAAGUGCACAAAGUUAGGAAAGUUAAAGGUAUGCUGCAAAUAACUAGCCGUUAUUCUGUGUAUUAUUGAAAUAUUUACCAGUUCUGUUAAAAGCAGAGCAGAAAUUAGACACUGAGGAUCUCUUUGUGAAUUCUUUGUUCUCUAUAGUAGAUUGCUGUUUAUAUGUAAGAAUUUUAUUGCUUAUGUGGCAUACAGUAUUUAUAACUAUAUACUUUAUAGACAUACAGUAUUAAAGUCAGUGGUAUAUGAACAGUCUGUACAUAUCCUGUGAAAUGUGCUGUCAUAUGAAAUAAAUAUACCUGUCUUUACCAUAUUGACUG